AUGCGUUCUCGUAUGCUACCAACCAAAUCUGGUCUCGAGACAGUUUGGGCUGGUGCAGUCUCAACUACAGCCGUUGCUCGAAGAAAGAAGAUUAAAGAAGUUCCUACACAGAAGGACUCUGGGGCAUCUAAAAGUAACAAGCCAAGUGAGAGUGAUUCCAUUGCCACUAGCAAGAAACCCACGAAUUCGAAACCCCCGGUAGGUUCGAAACGACAAGCCUCUUCAACAGUUGUCUCAGAUGAUGAAGACAAAUCUCCUCCUCGUACCAGGCAAGGCCAUAGAAAGAGACAGAAAGCUAUUACUCCUUCGGGAAAAGAGAAAGGGCUAGGUUCCUCCAAAGUUGCUUCUCCUAGCGACAAGGCGUCUUCUGAGGAAUCACCUUUAAAAACUUCCAGUAAUGCCUUCGUUGUCGAAAGUCAUAACUCAAGUCCAGACAAUAUUCCACCCAAGGAUGAUACUGGCACUGCCACUUCAGGUCUUAAGACUUACAAUUUCACCAUUAAUGUCGAUAAACCUCAAGAUAUUUCCCAAAAUAAAUCCCAUGUUCUCUCACCAGUUUUUGAAGAUGCCAGGCCUUUUACCACCAUCUUACCUGAUGAGCCAGUCGAAGAAAGCCAAUCCACUGACGAAUCCCCAACUACUCAUCAAGAUAAAAACUUGGAAGAAAAUCAUCCAUUCUCAGGUAGUGACAACGUGAAUCCACAACCACAUGGUAGUGAAGAUACUGUAUCCGAACAAGAUGCUAUGGAGGAAACUUCUAAACCAGAUAAACACAAUCCUAUAGAAACUUCAACUCUUGACACAGAAACUACUCCUGGGGCAACUUCGAUGCCUGCCCCUGCGAAGCCCACUCCUUCGGAACUGGAACAGCUUAAGCAAACUGAUCCUCUCAGUUUUCUAAAAGCUAUGAUGAAUGUGAAUACUACUUCGCCUUCAGAACUUGACAUCUCUCCAGCUGUCCUUGUAGAAUCUGAAAGUGGAUUUGUUUCGAGUCUCGAAAGAAGUUUCAGAGGUGAUUGUUUUGCUAGGUUCUCUAGUUGA